GGCUUUACCUGAAGGUCAAGAUGCUAUGUUGUGUUUCCUGGCAGGUCACUAGAGCCAUUAAAAUAGUAUCUGAGGCAAGAGGGAGGGAGGGAGCGGAAAGGACGAGGAAAGUAACCUGCAGCUGUUCGAUUCAUCGCUUCAUACCACAGUCUCUUUUGGCGGACAGUUGACAGAUCUGGUGCAUGUGUGUUGUAGAACAUUAUGUCAUCAGACAUGAGUGACUCUGGCAGCUCUGGACUAUCUGACUGGGCUCUUGUCAAUGUGCAAGGAGAGAUAGAGGCUAGUGAUGGAGACAGCAGUGAAGGGUCUAUCGAAAUGAUUGGCAUGGAAGAUUCUGAAAGAGACUCAGUGCCUCUCUUUAAUGAAUCAGCCCAGUCAAACACCACAUCUGCAGAGGCUGUUGAACUGGAAGAACUGAUGAAAAAGGCUGCAGAUGAAGAGGCACUAACAGGUGGUGAAGAGAAUUUGAGGAAAUCAGAUAUUUCAUCUUCUAUAACUGAAGUGCUGGAGAGAGACAACUUGCCCAAUGAAAAAGAAAAAGAAAAUCUGUCAUUUAGCAAAGAGGUUGAUAGUCGAGUCUCUGAAGCUGGAGCAAUGCAGUCAAAACAAAACCUUGAUGCAUCUCUGUUUGGACAUGAAGAGAAAACUCUUAUGGUAAAGCCAGAUCACCAGUUUGAAGAGGAGCUUUCUCAAGCUGCAGCACUGAAAGAUUCAGAUGGUGCAGAUGAAGGCAGGGAUCAGCAGGGAUUGCAUGAAGACGAUUUCAAUGCAUGCGACCACCAGGAAGUGUCAGCAUCAGACAGCAACAUUUCUGUACCUGACUCAGCAAGCAUUUUGUUGCUUUCUCGACCAGUUGUAGCUGACAGUGAUAAUGAAUCGGACUUUGUUCGCUUGGAGAAAGAUUCUUCUUGUGGAAAUAUCAGUGGAUCAGAUGAAGAUGCUGCCAAUGAAUCAGCUACGGAUGCUAUUUGUGGAUCUGUGUCGUCUGUUGGGUCAGGAUUCAACUUUUUAGCUGAGUCACAUGCUGUCGAAACAUCAGCUGCUGCUAGGGUUCUCCCUCCUGCCAUGCCACUACAUUUGCCUCUUUCAUUACCAUCUCUUCUACCACCACCCCCCCUUGUGCACAACAGCGGUGUUCAAGAGGAUGAUGCAGACACGGAAUCGUCCACAGAACAGGACCAGGAUGAUAGAACUGAGAGCGAGCAGAGUGAUGAUUCCAACUCUUUCCAAGCAGAUGAGCAGGACCAAGAUCUGUCUGUCACAGGAGACAUUGGUGACUUGCCCCUGGAAAAUGGGGGUGUGGAGCGGCACUAUGUUCAUCAUGCUAACCAGCAGUUGAACCUCAAGCUAAACCGUGGUGCUGGUAGCAGUACUCAUUGCUCUUGGGCUGGGCCUUGGUCACUGGAUUGGCUCAACUCGUGAGUAUCUCAGUCAAAUGACGGUGCAGCUGGACCAGAUGCAGCGCUUGCACAAAAUGCAAGAUGAGUAUGUACAGUGCCUGUCUCGUAAUGAGGAGUUGCUGCUCUUCACUGACCAGGCUCUGCAAAUGGAAAGAAACCGUCAUAAAGAAGCAAUGGCUGACCUUCAUGACAAUAACCGUGAACUUCAGGAACAGCUGCAGGAUGGACAGGUUCAGCUGGAAACACUACUUGCCCAGAAAGUAGAGGCUCCCUUUCUUUCGCAGUUGCCCCUAAAUGAUGCUGGGGAGAAGAUGAUGCUUUCCGAUUUACUUUUCGCUGGUGAAGAGAUUUUUCAAAGGAAAGCAGCAAAAAUGGGGAGAGAGUUACGAUCACAGCUGCUGCAGGCUCGUGCUAUCAUUGCCCAUCAUUCACAAGAUGCAGAGGCGUUCAGAAGAGAAGAAUCUCGUGAUUCCUCUACUGAGAGCGAAGACCUGGUGAGACUGCGGCAGCACAUAAACCAGCUAGAAGAUGACAAUGCAGAGCUUCGCAAGAUGAUUGGGCUAUAUAGGUAUCAGCACUGUCCAAGCAUCUGCCCUGUUUCUGAGCCCACUGUUCUGGUGACACACACAGGGGUGCAAGAUAUCUUAACAGCAACCCAGAAUGAAGAUGAGGGCACAUUUUCACAGAAUGUUUUAUUCUGAUGAGAGAAGUGAGGAGCAAGAGCUAGGGAUAAAUGAUGAUGAAAGCAGCUCACCAAGUAUUUUCACUAAGGAAAGUAGCUGGCCUGAUGAGAUGUCCACAGACAGCCACUCUAAGCAUGUGAAUUCUGAAAGAAUAAGAUGGGAGAAUGAUGAUAUUCCCUCAGACCCAGAUUCUGAUUCUGCAAAUAUCCAAGCUUCUUACGACACAAGCAACCCUAGAGCAAUCCCUGUGGAUGUGGGACUUCUUCAGAGAAACCUCACACUGGAGCGUCAGAGAUCCGAAAUGUGGCGCCGUCUGUACCUGAAACAGCAGAGAGAGUCAGCAAAGACUGGCAGCUCAGCAACAAAAGUUAAUGCUAGUGCUUGUCUGCAGUUUAUUCAGCAGAGCUUUAACACCUCGUCUGUCCUAAGCAUCCUCAGUCACUUUAAUGUUUCUGGUAGCAGUAUUGAAGACUUCACUAACCUCACCUAUCUCAUGUCAAGCAUUUCACAGAUGCACCAGAAUCUCCUACAGUCUUUGCCUGCCUUUUGGGAUCGUGUCUCCACCUCACUGUUUGAUGAUGACAAAGAAGAUGACUUGUCUGAGGAAGAUGUGUUCGUAAAGGGAAGUGGAUACAAAUCCAGGGAGGACUCUACAAGUUCAGGGGAUGCAGAAAGAGAGAAAGCUGAGAGCGUGAAGAGGUAUUGGUCAGAUAGUGUCAGGAAUCUGCUAAAUAAGACAAAAACUACUGUAUCUAAUGUCAGUGAGCAGCUGAAGCAAACUUGGGACAGGGUCAAAGAUGCCUCUGUCUCCCUCUGGCCUGACAAGGAUUCCAUGAUUUCACGCAUGGCUGCACAUGUUAAGGAGGGUGUGACAAAUUUCUCCAAGAAAAUGCAUGACAAAGCUUCAAGGUGGUUUGAUAAAUAUGAAAGAAACAUCAGAAGGCUAAGAACAAGCAUCCGCAUGUUAACAUUGAUAAGAAAAGGGGACAUGAGAUAUUGGAAGAGGAAUCAAAGAGCAGCAUUAAUGCAAACAAGAAGCAUGGUGAUGACCUCUUCAAGCAUAGAAAGUCCACAGUGACAGAUCCCUCCAUGCCAAGGAUUGAUAAGAUUUAUCCGGACAGAGGAAGCCAUUUUGACAACCAAGCCAAACACCAGGUGUUUCGUUCUGAUAAGUCUACUGAGAAGGCAACAAGAAAAGCGGAGAAAAGAUUCAGUAAGUUGUAUCACAGACUAGCAUCCAUGGGCCAGCGGCGUUUUGCUCACCUUGGUGAUGGUGACAAGAAGGAAAUACUUCAAGACCUUCAGGACCUUGUUGAUGAACAGCACAGGAUGGGGAAGAAGCUGUCAGAAAGUGGUCUUGCCUUGCUCAACUGCCAGCUGGAGUGGUGGAAGGGGGCCAGAAGAGGAAAUUUCAUACAAAGAAGACAGUGUUUGCAUUAUCUGGCUCCUUGGCAACACCAGAUAUCAGACAGUGGCUACAUACACCAGACUGUAUAUGCAGCCAAUGAGAAACCCCACAUCUCACACAACAGCAAGUUGGAGGAGAACAGUAAGCAGAAGAAGGUGGAAGAUAACAAAGAUGCUAAAGAAAGAAAAGGAAAGAGGCUGGAGCCUGUUAAGUUGCCAGAAAAAAACAGCUCCUCUGCACAUGCAGACUGGUUAGCCAGUCAAAGUCAAUCCAAAACAGUGGAACCAGGAGAGUGGCUGACAACCCACGAGCGACAGGCCUGGUAUUUUGAGUGGGUCAGAGGUCGUGAUCACCUGCGCCAAGAAGAGCAUCGAGCAGACUGGAUGUUUGAUCGAGCUUCGGACAGAGAUACAAAUCGUCAAUCAGCACAGACUGCUGACUGGUUGUUUGAAAGGGCAGCCAUGCGUGAUGAAGCUCGGCAAAAUGAAGAUCCAGAAAAUAAAAACACGAGAAAAUUUUCCAAGGAUUAUCAAUCAGAUCAACGUGAUCAUCAAAAUUAUCGGCAACGAUAUGGCCAUAAAGCAAGGGAAAGGCAAUGCAGCUAAAUAUCUUGCAGUGCUGGCAGGAGGCAUAAAGAAUUCAGUUGUGGAACCUCAAUGUAGAGUGUUUCAUCUCAGGCUAGGGUCACAGCGUUAAAAACCAAUCAAAAUAUUCAUUUAUUAUAUGUAAAAAUUGCUAUAAAGAAGAUUGCUUUUAAACCAUUGUUAUUAUUUUAAAGAAAGAUUUAGGGAUCUUUUCUUUCAUAAAACUUUAGCAGAAAAGCUACACAUUCGUUUUCAAAUCUGUUCUUAUUGGAUUAUCAUUUUAAAACCUAGCUCUUAAAUAUUUUUCUGCCUUCUUCCAGCAGCAUCAUUCUAUGCCUGCUGCUACUUUUAGAUUCAUGUCUCUUCCACUUUAAUUUUGUCGUUAACUAGUCAUUCCUGCUAAAAUUGUUUUCCUUCCUAAACAAAGCCAGCCGCUGACCCUGUCUUUGCCAUCAGCUGUUGUAGUCAUGAUGAUAUUGCUGUUUGCUGAUUCAUAGACUGCAACAAGUGUGCAUUCUGUAAAAUUAUUGAACCAUUUGCUUAAUCAGCUUUUUAAAAAAUAACAUGCUUACAGCUAUCAAAAGAGAUGAAUUUAUGCACCCACCCUCGCAUGCAUGGGUGCGCACACACACAUGCGCAUAUAAAAACAAACACAGAAUUUGUAUAAAGAUGUAUACAUUGUAUUCAGCAUGGAUGUAUGCUGAUUAGUUGGUGAUGCUAUUUCAGUGUCUACAGCUGACUUAACCUGCUUUUUAGAGGCCUAUAUGUGCAUAAAAGACAUUUUAUUACAAGGUUUGAGUAUUUUCUUCAAAAAAAAAAAAAGGUUUUUUUUCUGUUUCCCUUACUUUGCUGAUGCUUCUUUUACAAAAAAAAAGGUGGAUUUGGUGGGUGGGGAGGAUAAAAUAUUCUUUAUAAUAAAAUUGCCAUAAAGAAUUAUUAACAAACCUUUGAGGUUUUCCCUUUAUAAAAUUUAGAGAUCGACCACCUCUUUGUCUUCUUGCUUUAAAUCUAGUGAGUUUAUUUUAAAAGUAAUCCUUAAGCUUAAAGGUAGGGUGGUCAGUUGCUCUGAUUUGUUCCCAGUUUUUGCACCAUAUGUGACUGUUGUCAAUAAAAUGUAAAAAGUCAUGGCUGUUGGUUUUACCUGUUAUGACAAGCAUAGGUAUGGGUGCUACAUUUGGUAGCUUUGCUUUAAUUUAGACUAACACAUGCUUUUGUGAUAGUGAGUUUUAAACAUUUUUAUGCAUGCCAACAAAAAGUCUGCAUCUGUUAUCUAGCCAACUCUUAGUAAAAAAGAGGUUUUAAUUGUGCAGCUCUUUAAAGAACACCUUCCUGAUAUGCUAAUUUUAGAGUCAUAUGCUGUAAUGCUGUUCAUGAAGAUUUUUCUAUGGCAAGAAGUGUUUAGUGUUGAGCUUUAAAUAAGCGUGACUUAUUUUACUUUAAUUAUUAUUGAUAGUUAAUAACAUUAAUACAGAUUUUGAAAAGAAGACUUGUAUAUUAAGUCUUGUAAAUCAACAGGCUUGCAAAUGAACAGCAAUUCAAUAGCUUGAAAUUCUUCACUAUAUUGAUAUAGUUUUCUGUAAAUUUCUGUCCUAGCUGGGAUUUUAAAGUUGGUGCCUUUUAGUAAAAAAUCCUUUGAAAGGUUUAUCCUAAGCACAUUACUGAUCUACAACUGUUUUUAAUUUGAAAAUAUAACCUUUAUUAUUAGUUUGGUUUGGAUAUUACUUUGAAUGCAUUUUUUAUCCACAAGAAAGGUUUUCAUAUCAUCUGGUAAUAUUCAUCAAAUAACUUUCAUUCUUUUGUGUAUAUUCUAGGUUCUUGAGUAAUUUUUAAAUUCAUUACUGUAAUCUCUGUUGGGUGUGUGCAUUGCUUGUCUAGAAUUUAUGUGUUAAUAGAUUUAUAGGCAGGAUUUGGAGUUAAUGUAAAUUGUUGCUUUUUUCCCUUUUUAAAUUUUUUUUUCUGUUUGAAAAACUGCAUUUAAAAUUUUUUUUCUUAUUAGACAUUGUACAUAAAGAGACUAUAUUAAUCAAAAUAUGGUAGCAGUCUGUACUUAAUAGUAUAAUCAACACCGGUCUCUAUGUUAGAUUUCAGUGGGCUUAACAGUAUUUGUUAUUUUACAAGAAAAUAGGUCAUAGGGUCGGACUGUCUUUCAUGUAUCUUUUAAUUUUGCUGUACACAGCUUGGGCUUUAACAGUUGUCAGGAAUUGUUAAACACAUUUUUUGCAAUAUGAAGAAAUGUACUAGGGAUUUUGCUCAGGUGUAUAGAUAGGCUUAUUCUUUAGAAUGACUGUAAGGGUAUUUUUUCUCCAGCUUACAUUACUGGCCAUCACAAUCUUCUACAUAGACCAUCCUUAAGAUUCUUAUUCUUUUAACCACUACCUUUUGUUCCUUCUCUUUUCUGGUCAUAUUUUUGCUAACAAAUUUAUCUCCUCUCUUUAAAGAUCAUUCACCUGACUUUUACUUGCUUAAAUCUCUCAGAAGUGGCAUACAGUGAUGGUGCUUAUGAAAAAAUGUAAUACAGAUUCUUAGUUCCUUUUCCUGUGAUAAUCUCUAUCAAGAAAGAUCUGAAAAUGCUAUUUUGUUAUUCACUAUGCUGUUGGCUACAUCCCUAGAGCUUUUUUAGACUUGUGAAGACUGAAUAUUUUCACAGAAAGGUCAUUAAAUGUGCUGGGAUCUAUG